CGACUGAGUCGAGUCAAUCGAUCGGUUCACGGUUGGAUGCAAUCUUGCUGGGUCUUGUUCGCGUGCUGGCUAGCCAGCAGAAGUCCCUACGUACAACUCUCGUACCACUCUCCAUGCUCCAUCUCCUUUCUCACAAAACCCAAAACAACAAAACCAAAACACAAGAAACACAAUAAGACGUCUGCAUCACAAGAUGACUCACAACAACAAAAUUUACUCUGUUGCCACCACAGGCCUCUUGGGGCUUCUUUUGGCUCAACAAGGCGCUGCAGUUUCAACACCCAACUUUUUGCCAGAACAAGAUCAACUGGAGAGGAACCAAGCUCUGUGGGAAGGACUGGGUUUCCAAUCCUACCAAUUAGAGUAUGAAAGAGUUGGAACCAAUCUUCCUUCCACAUAUCCCUUUCCAUGGGCUGUCACAGUAAACUCCCCACACAACCCUGGUGUCAUCACUGGAGUAGAUGCCAGCUUCAAUAACAUCCCAUCCAGUGUACCGCUACCGUCCAUGGAAUCACUUUUUACACUGAUUCAAAAUGAGAUUGAUGCCAACACAGAUCUUGAUAUUGAAGUUCAAUAUGACACUACAAAAGGAUUUCCCGCCAACAUUCAUUUUGUUAGGUCUGAUGGCAGCAUUUAUGGAGUGCAGGUAACCCACUUCGUCCCCCUUGGUGGCAGCAACACUCCCGGUCCCACUCCAACCAGUGCACAACAACAACUAAACCAGGCAGUGGCACUUUGGAAGUCAAUGAAUAUUUUGAAAUAUGCCUAUGACUUCAACAUGUUUGGACCAAAUCCUCAAAACAUUGUCUUUCCCUGGACUAUUACAGUGUCCAAUGGUGUCCAAGUCACCGCAAUGGAUGGAAAUAGCAACCAGAUCAAUUGGGUGAACAACAACCCUCAUCCCAUGAGCUUUGAUGAGCUCUUUACCAUGAUUCAAUCCGCCAUCAACCAAAGCCCCAAAUACCUGGAAGUGAGCUACAAUCAACAAUAUGGAUAUCCUGUGGACAUUUACAUUGUAUAUGAUGAUACUACUGCAGAUGCUACUGUUGACGCGAAGAUCUCGGAUUUCUCUCUUCCUGUAGGACGGUAAACCAAAAGUAACAAGCCCAUUUGUUCACUCAUGACAGUACAUGAUCUACUAUUACUAGUAGUCUCAGCAACAUUUGUAUGGGUUGCACUGUACAAGGCCAGCCGGUAUUGCAGCUAC